AUGGCAGAAUCCGUGGUCCAACUCAAAUGUGAAUGCAAGCACGAUCCUUGGGGCAAGAAGGGCAAGGAUGCCCUCGUCGCCCAGUUAUGGUCCAAGUCGCCCGGCUCCGAGGAGAUCAAGGCGACAGAGAAGUAUUCCGAGAUGUGGAUGGGCACAUACCCAACAAAUCCAUCCAAAAUCCUUGCCACGGGCGAGUUGCUCUCCGACUAUCUUCAGAAAAAUCCGCAGCUCGUGGGAAAAUCGGUGCUGGAUCGAUGGGGUCCAGAGAUUCCAUUCCUCCCCAAGAUCCUAUCUUUCUCCAAAGCUCUCCCCUUACAGAUUCAUCCCGACAAGACCCUGGCCGAGAAGCUCCAUGCAACCGAUCCCGAGCACUUCGGUGAUCCCAAUCACAAGCCUGAGAUAGCCAUCGCAUUGUCAAACUUUGAGCUGUUUGCCGGCUUCAAGCCGCUCAGCCAAAUCGAGGCUAUCAUGAAACUGAAGCCACUCGAGCACUUUGUGCCGUCCCACAAAACCUUUGAUGACGAGCUGUUGCGGCAGAUCUGCAAGGAGUUGCUGAGCACCUCCCCAGUCGUUGUCUCCGAAACGCUCAAUGAACUGCAGAACAUUCCUGAAUCCCAAUUCGGUCAGCAUAGCUACAUCCCAGGCAUGCUGGAGAGACUCCGCAAGCAAUAUUCGGAAUAUGACAACGGGAACCUGGUCGCGGCCCUACUCAUGAAUUAUCUCAGUAUUGGACCUGGGGAGGCAGUCUGCGUUCCUGCAGACAGUAUGCACGCCUAUCUACACGGCGACAUCAUGGAGUGCAUGGCACGGUCCGACAAUGUCCUUAACACCGGCUUCUGCCCCCGGCCCGGGAGAGACGAUGUCAAUCUGUUCUCUCAAGCGCUGACAUUCCAGCCCCACUCGAAGAAAGAAGUAUAUUUGCCUAGGAAAAAAAGUGACAAGGGUAUGAAUGGAAAAACCGAUGAGUAUGCUCCGCCAUUCAGUGAGUUCAAUGUACUAGCCACAUGUCUCGGACCCGGUGAGAAGGAGACGCACAAGGCAAUCCUAGGCCCAAGUAUCAUGAUCGUCACCAAGGGGUCUGGGCAAAUGAACGUGCCAGACGACAAGACGAUCGAUAUGAAGGAAGGAUAUGUGUAUUUUAUCGGACAGGGAGUUGCGGUCGAUUUUUCGACAGAGAAAGGCAUGGCGAUUUACCGACCUUACGCGGAGUAG